CCUGUGUCCCGUGUCCUAUGUCCCGUGUCCUAUGUCCUAUGUCCUGUGCCCUGUGCCCGUGCCCUGGCACGCUGCCCUCGCUGCCCUCGCUGCCUGCACCGCCAAGCUGGGAGCUGAGCCCACAGCCGAGCUCCGGGCUGCCAUCCAAGGCAAACACUUCGGCAGCCCCUGCCGGCCGCGGGGCUCGUGCCCAAACCGCUGGCGGUGCCACGGAGGAUCCCAUGCGGUGACCGAGUGGCUCCCGGCCAGGCAUCUUCCCUCAUCCCACAGGUGCUGUCCUAACGUGAGGCGACCGCGGCUGUGGGGUCCCGCUGAGACCCCGGUCCCAAGAAAUCCAGGCUCCGUGGCUGCCCCUUCCCAGGGUGCGGUUCACCCCACACGGCCCCGUUGUGACAUCGCCCCCCGCUCCCGUCGGGUGCUGAGCUGGAGGGAUGCGGCCGGGGACGGGAUUGGUGCCGGGACCCUGAUGGGAGCAGAGCGCAGACUCACGAGGACCAUGGAGCUGCAUCACGUGAACGAGGUGCUGCUGGAGGUGCUGGCGUGCGUCAUCCUGGCCUACCACCUGUCCCAGGCCAACGUCUUCUUCUUCUACCUGCUGCUGCUCCUGCCCCUCAUCUUCCUCUUCGAGGAGCCCAUCGGGAUGUGAGGAUGGCUGCAGUCCCGCUCACUGAGCAAUAAAGAUCCGUGCCCGUC